AAAUUCUUAUUUUCAAUAUUUUAUCAUUGAUUCUAUAACUUUAGGCCAUACGCCUCAAAAUUUUAGUGACAAUAGCAAAGCCCAAAUUUAUCAAACAAGAUUUAUUGGUGUGCCGUGCGCAAUCCCGAAACCUGAACCAAAUUCUACUUCUAGUACAAUUUAUAUUUGGCCAUGUAAACAUCUCAAUUGAAAAUGAUGAAGCUAUUCCCGCGUAAGGGAACACCAUUUGUUUACACCAAAUACCCUUUAUGCCUCUCCAAAAUGGCUUCUUUCUCAUCACCAUCUCAGCAUCUGAAUCUGACAAAGGCUAUCCUCGACUCCCAAAACCCUCACCAAGCACUCAACCUUUUCAAUUCCAAUGCUAAACUCUUAAACCCAUUGAAGAAUCUCGAGCCUUAUUCAGCCAUGAUUCACAUCUUGACCGGUGCUAAACUUUACUUUGACGCCAGGUGUUUGAUAAAAUACCUCAUUAAAUCCCUCCAAAGCUCUUCGAAACCCCAUCAUGCUUGCCACUUAAUUUUCGAUGCCCUUAGCAAAUUACAAACCUCAAAAUUCACUCCCAAUGUGUUUGGAUCCUUAAUCAUUGCAUUUUCCGAGAUGGGUCUAAUCGAAGAUGCCUUGUGGGUUUAUAGAAAAAUCGGAACUUUCCCUCAAAUGCAGGCUUGUAAUGCACUUUUAGAUGGGUUAGUUAAGUUGGGCAGGUUUGAUUCGAUGUGGGAUCUUUAUAAUGAAUUGCUUUCACGGGGGUUUUUGCCUAAUGUUGUUACUUAUGGGGUGUUGAUAAAUUGUUGUUGUUGUCAAGCUGAUGUUUCAAAGGCACGCGAGUUGUUUUAUGAUCUGUUAAUGAAAGGAAUUCGACCCAAUGUUGUUGUGUACACGACUGUCAUUAAGGUUCUUUGUAAUGAAGGUAAAAUGCUUGAGGCGGAAUGUAUGUUUAGAUUAAUAAAAGAUUGGUAUUUCCUUCCAAAUUUGUACACUUAUAAUGUUUUGAUGGAUGGAUAUUGCAAGAUGGAUAAUGUUGAACGUGCCUUUGAAAUAUAUCGGAUGAUGAUUGGUGAUGGGUUGGGACCAAAUAUUGUUACUUUUGGUAUCUUGAUUGAUGGACUUUGUAAGGUUGGUGAAUUGGUAGUAGCAAGGAGCUAUUUUGUUUGUAUGGUUAAGUAUGGUGUUUUCCCCAAUAUAUUUGUCUACAAUUGUUUGAUUGAUGGUUACUGUAGGGCAGGUAAUUUUUGUGAAGCAGUGGAGUUGAGCUCAGAAAUGGAGAAGUCAAAAAUUUUGCCUGAUGUUUUCACAUAUAGCAUACUGAUCAAGGGUCUCUGUAGCAUAGGUAGAGUGGAGGAAGGGAGUUUUUUGUUACAGAAAAUGAACAAAGAUGGAGUUUUGGCUAAUUCUGUUACUUACAAUUCCCUGAUUGAUGGGUACUGCAAAGCGGGUAACAUGGAGAAAGCUUUGGAGAUAUGCUCUCAAAUGACUGAAAAUGGUGUAGCACCAAAUGUCAUCACUUUCUCUACAUUGAUUGAUGGUUACUGCAAGACUGGAAAUAUGCAAACUGCCAUGGGCUUUUACUCAGAAAUGGUUAUCAAAGGCCUUGUUCCUGAUGUGGUGGCUUACACAGCUCUGAUUAAUGGGUACUGUAAAAAUGGUAAUAUGAAGGAGGCUUUCCGGCUGCAUAAAGAGAUGCUGGAAUCGGGAUUAACACCCAAUGCUUUCACAUUAAGUUGUUUAAUUGAUGGCCUUUGCAAGGAUGGAAGAGUUUCUGAGGCUUUCAGCUUUUUCUUGGAGAAGACUAGAACUGGUAUCAGUGCAAAUGUAACUGAUGAGAUUAAUGGCCUCUUUUGCUCUCCAAAUCAUGUGAUGUAUACAAGCUUGAUUCAGGCACUGUGCAAGGAUGGCCGGUUAUUUGAAGCAAGUAAAUUUUUCUCAGAUAUGAGAUACGGUGGUUUGAUGGUAGACGUGCCCUCAUACAUUGUCAUGUUAGAGGGUCACUUUCAAGCCAAGAAUGUGAUUGAUGUGAUGAUGUUGCAUGCGGAUAUGAUAAAGAUGGGCAUCAUGCCAAGCAUUGCCAUCAACAUGUUCGUAGCCAGGGGUUAUCAAGAGAUUGGAGACCUGAGAUCAGCUCUAAGGUGCUCUGAGGAUUUAGCAGUUCAGAGCCUGGGCGUUUUGAAUUAAGGGGAGCAAAAAGAACUUCAGUAUACAGUGAAUGAGAACAGUAAGGUCAUUUUGUGAUUAGGCUAUGUUUCUGAUGGGUGAAUUUUUCCCAUAUUGCUGGUGCGUUCUCUCUCUGACCUCAGAGCUUGAGGUUGUGCAAUUUUUGUUGGCACUGCAUCAAAUUGUUUGCUGCUAAGAGGGGAAGUUCUGCCAGUGAUCAUUUAAGUUGAAAUGUUUGGAAGCCAUGAUAUGCCAGACUUUUGAUUCUCGAAUCCUUGAAGACCUAAAGUCUUGGCAUGCCCAUGUAUUAUUCGUAUAUGAAGAUCUCCUGAAUCUUGAAAGCAAGCCAGCUAUGCUGUGCUGCUUGGCUGGAGAAAUCAUGAUUUCAAUGCUCAACUAACUCAAAUUCUUUGGUGCUCCAUUACCAGUUAAGACUAAUGCAAAUUUUGGUAAAUUAUUAACUUGGAGCACAAAAGUGAACAAGUAAUGAUUGCAUGAAGAGUUGCUUAUUGCUAGUUCCAAUCUAGUCUCCUGCCUCAGGGCAAUUUGCACGAGGUCAGGCUAAUGAGGUAAAGUGGAAAGAGUGGACUGUAGGACAUUGCUGGGAGCUUGUAAUCUGGAAUGAAGAGAUUGCGCUUGGUGAAAAAGUUAGGUGUCGAUUGCUGGAGUUGGAGCCUGGACAUUUUGAGGACAAUGUUGCUACGUCCAAUAUCCAUGCUGCCAAAGGGAUGUGGGAUAAGAAAGGGAUAGUUAGAGAUCAGAUAAAGCAGAGAAGGGCUCGUGGGUGUAGUUCAAUUGAGGUGGCUAGUUACAUCAGUGAGUUUGUUUCCUGGGAUGAUGAUCAUCCUCUCAAGGCUGAGAUAUAUAUGAAGCCCUCAAAUAUUUGACUGUCAGCACGCAAUAAUAUGGCUACUCUCCUGAGAUUUCAAACCUGGCAGAGUACCGAUCAAGAAAAUUAAAGGUUCCAGACUGUGGAAGUGAGUUGCAUAAUUUAGGGCACAGGACGCCAAAGGUAGCUUCAUUCUAUGUACAUCCCUUUCAGCUUCAAUUUUGCUCUCUAAA